AUGGUUUUCGGCCACGCCGACGAAGGAUCGGCCGGCCAGUCGACCAAAGACAACAAACCCGUAUCCGCCACCGGACCGAUGCUGCAAGGAUCCAAAUACUGGAUGCCCACUCAAUACGCAUACCCGAAAGAGACCAAAGCGGUCAUAAUCCGCUGCGACAGCGAAGCCUACCCCUCAGAAGGCCGCCGCGUCUACCAAACCACCACCAUCUCCUCCUUCGAGACCCAAUUCCACCUCAACGACGAGCCCCUCGACAUACCCACCCUGGUCGGCCUCCCGCUCUGGAUGCGCCAACACCCCUGGACCGGCGCCCGCGGGGACGAGCUCAAGCCCGGCCGCGAGAGCGAGAUCGAGAACCCACUCGCCCGCCCCCUCUGCCGGAACGGACGGCCCGAAUCCUCACGGUUCGGCGCGCCGCCCUCGCUGAAAGGCGACAAGCUGGUCGCGCGCCUGGACGGCAAAGACCUGCUGGUGCAGCAUCUGGUCUGUCUCGGCGCGUUCUGCAAUUUGGUCGUGGCACGGUUUUCGAAGACGGAGGUCGGGAGGGGAACGGGAGAGGGCGGGGUGAGGAGAUCGGAGAGGGGUGCGACGGGGGAGGCGGAGGAGUGCGCGAGGGAGAGGGGGGUGCGGUUUCGGGGGAUGGCGAACAGGGAGAGUUUUCGGUCGUAUUGGGUGUGGUGGCGCCGGCAGAAGUUCGACGAGUCGGGGUUGGAGGAAUGGUUGAGGAUGAGAGGGCCUUAUGAGAUGUGA